GAUUAAUGAACAUAUUGGAUUCAAUUAUCUAAUUUCUUCUUCCUUAACUGUUCUGCAGUUGCUCUUUUUCCCAGCAGGCAGCAGCUAUGUCACACUUGAGGCGUUAGAUUCGAAAAAUUGGGCAUCAAAUGGAGAGAGGCGACGGUGGUUCACUACGGACGCGUUCACAGGCGGCGCCUGACUGGACAUUACACGAGUCACUAACUCUGGUGAACGAAAUGAAAUCAACCCAAAUUGAAUGCGGCAAUACGCUAGCUUCUUUCCAAAAAUGGCAAUCAACGGUGCAGAAUUGCAACUCACUGGGCGUGAAUCGGAGCUUGAAUCAGUGCAAAAAGCGGUGGGAAUUUAUCUUGGAGAAUUACAAUAAAGUGAAGCCAUGGGAAACGGUGUAUUGGACGGCGUCGUUUGAUGGGGUUAGGAAGAGUGAAUUGGGUUUACCGGAACAGUUUGAUUUCGAGUUGUUUAACGCCGUUGGUAGGUAUUUGAGUUUAUUACAUGGUGAAGAUGGUGGUGGUGCUGAAACUGACCCGGAAACCCAACAGGCUCAAGGAAACAAUGCUUUCUUGGAACUUGGUCAUAAAAGGCAGCGGCGAAGGACGAAACCACGAAAGUACAAAAUGGAGGAAAGGUUGAAUCCAUGGAGACGCAUCUUAAAUGAAAACAGGAAGUAUGAGCAAUCCAUGGUGGGGAUAAAGCAUGAAGCUAGCAUAGAGACAAAGGUGGAAGCCCCAAGUUAUGAGAAAUCCAGCUUACAGAUAAAGCGCGAGAUAUCCAGUCCAGAAGAAAAGGUCGAACCUCCAAACCUUAGUAUGGUUAAUAUGGUAAAGGCGGAGCAGAUUAAUGUAGAUAAUCCAGAAGAAAUGAUGGCUGCAACUCUUAGGGAAAACGCAGAAUUGAUCACUGCAAUAAUUGAAGGAAAUCCAAUGGAUGAUAGAGAUUGCAGGCUUGCUGAUUUGAAGAAUUCUGAGGCUGGUCGUGUUCAUUUGAUCAGAAGUCAAGGCAACCAACUUAUUGAUUGCCUCGGAAAAAUAUCAGACACUCUUAGCCAGCUUUGUGAUACAAUUCACAAAAAAUAACUAACUAUAAUUGGUUAGCAUUUCUGUUAUGGCACACUGUAAUGUGAGGACUGAUCAGCUGCUUUUACUUCGAUUGUCAUCGGUGUAAUGAUGUGGUAACUCAGAUUGCCGGGGAUUGCAGAAAAAAUCUAUAUUUAUUGAUUCUUUUUUGGUUAGUAAA